AUGCGCGUCGAAGAUAUCUUCCACCAGCAACCGCCGCAGACGGGGAAUCCAUACUUGACUGACCCGGUGCUUCCCAAGUUGCUGAGACGGCUUUUGUCGAAAGAUGCGUUGGAUGUCGUGAACUCGGAUCUGGUCCGUCUGGGUGACGAGCUUGUGAACGAGAUCCGACCGAUUGCGCCGCUCGUGAAAGAACCCACCCUCACGCAGUACGAUGCGUGGGGAAAUCGCGUGGACGUGCUGCAGGUCUCCGAAGGAUGGAAGAUUCUCAAGGACUUCGCGUGCAAGGAGGGUGUGAUCAGCAUCCCUUACGAACGCCGUUUCGGAGACCAGAGCCGGGUCUGGAGCUUUGCCAAGUGCGUGCUAAUGGUGGCGGACUGCCACGUGGUGUUAUGUCCGUAUUCUAUGACAGAUGGAGCGGCGAGAGUGAUGGAGAUUUCGGGCACGGAGAAGAUGAAGCGUGAGAUCCUGCCCCGACUAAUGAGUCGAGACCCGAAGACAGCAUACACCUCAGGGCAGUGGAUGACCGAGUCGCCUGGGGGGUCUGACGUAUCUAGAACCGAAACCACCGCUCAGGCCGUCUCGGAUGAACAGUCCUCCGAUCUCGGACCCGCGUAUCAGCUGGAUGGCUUCAAGUGGUUCUCCAGCGCAGCCGAGGGGAACAUGUCCAUCGCUCUGGGCCGUGAUCCGUCAUCCCAGCGCCUGUCCCUUUUCCUCGUCCCUGUUCGGCUCGGGCCAUUUCCAACUCCGCUCUCAAAUAACAUCUUGCUGCAUCGCCUAAAGGAUAAAUUCGGGACCAAGGCGCUCCCGACGGCUGAAUUGUCGCUGAAUGGCGCGCGUGCCUGGCUCAUCGGAGCGCCGGGCGCGGGGGUGCGCACGAUCGCGCCCGUGCUCAACAUCACACGUGUGCAUUCGUCGGUUUCGGGCGUCGGAUCGCUGAUGCGGUGCCUCUCACUGGCACGGGCGUACGCGCAAGUGCGCGUCGUGGAUAAGGACAAGCUGCUGCAGACGGUUCCUGCGCAUAUGGAGACUCUGGCGCGAGUGGGCCUGCUCUAUCGGGCACUGACGCAUCUGUUAUUCGGUGUCGUGUCUCUUUUGGGAAAGUCCGAGUGCGGGACCGCCAGCAGAUCCGAGGAGGCUCGUUUGAGGAUAUUGACGCCCACUCUGAAAGCUUUUUCCGCGAUGAAGAGUGUGACAGCGAUGGAAGACUGCAUGGCCGCUUUGGGCGGUCAGGGUUACAUGGAGGAAUUAGGCAUCGGAAGACUCAUCCGCGAUGCCAUGGUAGAGAAGAUUUGGGAGGGCACAGUGGGUGUUCUCGCUCAUGAUCUGAUGCGAGCCUCCCGAGGAAAAGACGCUGUCCAGUUCUUUGUCACGUGGUGUAGAGAUAUCAUCGCCUCCGCUCCAAGCGAUAUGAGAACAUCACAGCCCGCGGACAAUCUCCGGCAUGGGGCUGACAUGCUUCCCUCUCAAUUCGAAUUGGCGCAUACACACUCUCUUGUCCAACGCCCGAUCCUUCAGAUGCUUGCCCUGCUUGCAUCUUCGACAUAUCUGCUCGAACACGCUAUCUGGUCCCGCGCCAAUGAAUCAGCGGAACAGGCAUCACUGGACUGGCAUGUCUUCGAGCGCUGGAUGGGAGAAGGUGGAUUCAGCGAGAUUAGUGAUGAGAUCGGGAAGAUGUCUGAAGCGCAUCCCGAGAGAAUUCUGUUGAAUGAGCGAAUUGUAGGUUCCAGAUUAUGAGCACCUUGUGAGUGAGUAACUACUUAGUGGAAUGUCAGCAUGUUGAUCGGA